AUGCUGAACAACUGGGCUUUCGCAUUCAACAUCUCAGUCCCUGUUCACAUCAUCCUCAGAAGCUUUGGUAGUGUGACUACUAUGGCGGCUGGCUGGUUCCGUGGCAAGAAAUACACACCUCUCCAGGUCUUCUCCGUUGCGAUCCUGACGCUAGGUGUCAUGGUGUCAGCAUGGGCAGAUGCACAGUCAAAGGGCAAGAACAUGGAUGCUUCGAGCUCCGAUGAGUCGAAUUCUUCUCUACAAGCUGGUCUUCUUAUCCUGCUCAUCGCGCAACUACUCUCCGCAUGGAUGGGCGCCUAUGUCGAGGACGUCUAUCAUGAACAUGGGAAGGACUGGCAGGCCAACCUCUUCUACUCCCACUUGCUGUCCAUCCCGUUCUUUGCAGGAUUUGCACCGGUCUUGACGCAACAAUUCAAGCGCCUGCAGGCCUCGCAAUCAUUCGAAGUACCACCGAAAGUCGCAGAAAAUCUCCCGCCAAUCGUCAACAGUAUCCUGGCCUCGACAUCACAGCAUGUCAUCUAUCUUACUGCCAAUGCCCUUACGCAACUACUCUGCAUCACCGGCGUCAAUAUGCUCAGCGCCAAUACUUCCGCCGUCACUGUCACGAUCGUACUGAAUAUCAGAAAGCUGGUAAGCUUCUUGCUCAGUAUCUGGAUAUUCGGAAACCAGAUGACUGGAUUGAUGAAAGUCGGCGCUGCCAUGGUGUUUGGUGCGGGCGCUUUGUAUGGAUGGGAAACAUCGUAUCGCAUUCCGCAGCAGAAGAAGUUGGAGGCCGAGAAGGGAAAGAAGGGCCAAUGA